ACAAGUGAAACUGCUCUGAUAGUUUUGUUUUUCCCCUAAAACAAAGAUUUCUCUGUGUGUUUCUUUGAGGUUUAUCAAAGUUGAAUUUUCAGUGGGGAAGCUUUUAACUCAAAAGUUGCUGUUGUAUACAUUUGAUUAAUUUACUUCUGCAGGUAUAUGUUGUCAUUAGUAAAUACAGUUUAUUUUCCUGCCUGGAGCGCAGGGCAAUGAUUCUUCUUCUUAUCAUUUGAAAACACUUUUUCAGUGAAGUGAAAGACAGAAGCAAAUGGUAAGUGGGAACUUCCUACCUUGUAGUAGUUUCAUAAUACAAACCUAAAAUCAGUGGGUUUUUUUCAGUUUAAUUGACAGAUUACACACACACUGCAAUUUGCUUUUUAAGGCUUCACAUGCUCUGUAUACCCAUAAAAUACUAUUUUUAUGAAGGCAGAUACUUUUAUUUGCAAUUUUGUGAUUAUUUCACAAAUUAAGUUCACUCUUUCUAAAAUAACACCCUGCUAAUGGCAGCAGAUGACUGAAUGAUACAUUAAAGAGAGAGCCUGGCCCUCUUGCAAUUGGCAGUUUGAACACAGACAUGAAAAAAUUUGACAUCCAACUACGAAGUACACCGUAGAAAAGAUGUUGGUUUCAAUGAAUUUAUAGUAGUAGCCACUAUUUAAACAGAUCACCAGCAGAUUUCACAAUGGUUUCAGACAUCAGGAUAGUGACUUUCAUUUUAUAUAGGUAUUCAUAAACUGGGGCCCAGAAUUCAGGUACAGAAUUCAUUUGUAUGGCUCAUGCCAGUGUCAUAGCCAUGAAAUGGAGCUUACAUUAUGUGAAUACCAGUCCUGCUCUGUCCAAUGUUACUCUGUUUCCUAGGGUAUUCUUUCAAAUGCUUUUUAUUAGACACUUAGAAAUGUUAAACUGUUUUUAAUCACAAACUUUCAGCCUUCACUGAUUAUAGGGAUUAUAGUAUAGGGAUUAUGAGCUAGAAGUAUAUGAAGAGGAACCUAGUCUAAGUUGUUUGGAAUUUUGCUGGGGGCCAGUCUAGCUUAUGUUAAACCUUACUGCCACUGAGCUCUUGAGGAGCUUCAUACUCUGUGCUACAGAAUAACAUGCUCUUAGCCAUUAUAAAUUGAACUUACACAGGUUUUCAGGUGGCUUGAAGUAGAGUCAAAAAGAAGUGAUUGAAUUGUUUGUUCUCUGUAUGGCUAUUUAAUAGGUUUAAUGUACAUGGAACUCCUUGGAAGGUGGCAGCUACCUGUUUUCAGAGUGGUAGGAAUAGGUUUGCAGCAAGAUUUGCAGUUUGGUCUGAAAUACUUUUCACUGCUGGUAAUAGAGGAAGAAAAGAAUGCAGCUCAGCUGUUCAUCUCAAUGGUAUUUAUCUCAUGUGAGCUAUGACUGCCUGAAGUUUACUGCAGCUGUGUGUCACUUUUCAUUGCAAUGAGAAAGUGCCCAAUCAGCAAGAGGAGGGCAGUUCUGCCCUUAUGAUUACUGAAGGACAGGUGGAUUUUGUGAGCUGAGCACCAGCCAGUUUGGAAAGAAUGAAUGACUGCUGAUGACAGCUAUUUGAUGAUUGCAACCCAGUGACUAGACGAUGAUGGAUCAUAACCAGCCAAGAUGCCCAUCAGGGUUGAUGAUGUGAUGCAGCUGCUGUGCCGUGUUUCCCAGGAGAAGGGAAUGAAAGCUGCUGUGAAACACUCUGGUCGAGGAGCACUGGUGGCGGGUGCAACAGCGUUUCUUGGGGGCUUGAUGGGAGGCCCACCUGGUAUCGCUGUAGGAGGAGCACUUGGUGGAUUGUUUGGUGCCUGGAUGUCUUAUGGACAGUUUAGACCUGUCCCUCAGAUAUUACUGGAAUUGCCUCCUGCUGAGCAGCAGAAACUCUAUGAUGAAGCAAUGGCUAUUCUCAAGCGCUUAGACUGGACAGAUGUCGUUCAGCUGACUGCUCUCGUAAUGGGAAAUGCUAGUCUCCAGCAGAAGUUGGCAGGAGUGGUGAUGAAUUACCUCUCCAGAGAGCUAAAAGCAAAGAUACAGUGUGGAUAAUAAACCUCUCCAGAUGAGGUUUUUACAUUGUAAUGAAUUCUACUCUGGCAAUUGUGAUUUUUCAAAAUAGUAAUUAUUAGUUAUAAUUACUAAUUAUGAAUGUAGGCAAAUCUAAGUAUCUUUUUUGUUUGUUUUUGUGAAGCUAGUCUUUUUUAUUAUCCUGUUAUGUAAUUAUGACUUGCCAUGUAAUUUUGAAUUAAUGUGCACCGGGAUUGAGUUCAAAAUCACUGAAGGGGGAGUUAUACUUCUCUUAAGGUAAUGCAGCACUAGGUAAAAUUUCAUUAAAAAAAUCAUAAAUU